CUCGACCAAAAGCAAAAGGAGAGGACGUGUCUUGUCGCGCAACGCACACACGAGGCGGACGGGUGUGGCAUGCUACUGUGUGAGUGCCUUGCCGUGUCUGCCCAUCUCCUCUCUGCUGCUCUUUGUCCUCUCUCUCCGACCCACCCCCACCUCACCGGUCCGGUCGGCCAAUGCUCAUGAGUGGGGGCAAUGGGAGGGGAGGGGCGGAGUGGACAGACAGACAGACAGACAGACAGACAGACAGAAAGGGACGAGCGAGCCAGCCGAAGAGACACACUGGUGUGAACAAACACGCGGACAUUAGGGAGAGGCAGACCAUCCAUCCAUCCAUCCGUCCAUCACCGAGUACCACAGCAGACAGCACACCACACGAGAGGAAGUCCCCACCGGCCCCCCUCUAUCUAUCUGCCGCCCACACAUCCGUCCAGAGAGAAUAUGUCGGGCGGAUCGCUCCAAUAUCAGCACCGCACCACCGCCCUGCCUGACACACACCGAAUGAUAGAAGGCACACCAUUAGGUACGUCGUGUGCGCAUCUUCUGCUCGUCUCAGUCGUGUUUGAUGCAGACAUACCUCAGCUGUCUAUUGGUCUAAGAGCUCGGCCGCGAUGAUGGCCCCCAGGACCGCAUGCGCCAGCCGAGUGGUCUGCGGGAAGCGGUCCCUGAAGGCACCGCCCACACCAGCCACAGCCGACUCGGUGGUGUGGAUGCGCACAUACACUGCGAACGAAUGACAGGAGAGGACGGCAGAUUAGAGCUUGGAUUAGAGUGAGUGGUGUGCUGGGCUGGGCUGACCAUUGUCGGUGUAAUUCUCGAGGGUGAUCCACGCCACGAAGGGGUGGCCGGCGUCGGUCAGGAUGAGACGACGAGCAAAUUGGCCGAAGAGGUGGAAGCGGAAUGAUGGGGUGGUGGUGCAUUUCCCCACUGCUGUGGGGGGGGACUGUGUCAUGAGGGUGUGCAGCCGGUUGUUGUCGUCACGCCUGACCAGUAAAGACACACAUAACACACACUCGUGCGUCGUGGCAGUGCCCUGACAGAGUGAUGCCCCGCCUCACCUGUCGAUGAAACGGCUAGUUCUGUUGGUCUGGUGAGUCUCCCUGAAGUGGUCGAGGACGAUCUUCUUGACACACGACGACACAGACGAGUAGUCCCAAGGAAACACCGACCGGUCGAGCCAGCCCCCGGGCGACAAAUAGUCGAUGUUGCUGCGGACGGGCGGGUCGUGCGGCUGUCGGUGCUGCUGGUAGGGGUGGUUGGGAGGGAGGGGCGGGUCGACGUCCAGUCGGAAGCCGGGCUCGUCCUUGAUGGCCCGCCACCAUCGGCACGGCGGAAGAUCUGCAGGCGGCUGUCACCGAAGCUGAUGUGGCGGCCGACCACCAUGAGCUGCGCCAACACACGAGCUACCAAUCUAUACGCCUACACCACAGACACACACAUACAGACGAAUGAAUAAGGCCUCUCUGCUCUCCCCUGCCCCUCUGUGGGAGAUGCCGUACCGUCUUGCUUUCGUGUAGGUCGUCGGCCGUGACGAUGACCGGCAGCUCACAGCAGCCGCACUGCGCAGCCAGCUCAAUCACCUCACCCACCUCCACCCAUCUCCCCUCCUCCAUCACGUACACAGCCGCCAGCAGGUGAUACACGCUAAACUGGUCGUCAUCGAACCGCAGUAGCUGCACUUGCCGCCCAUGCACCAUCCGGUGCAGCCCUGCCUGUUCGCUGAGGGAAUGGCUGAGUCGCUGCCGCAGCUGAGGCCUCCCGCCCAGCUGCAGGUCUCCCUCAGACGCAGGAUGUCAUCGAGGCUGAGAAGGAAGAAUGUGCGGCGGCCGACGAAGAUGUACUCGAGGGGGUGCUGCUGCUGGUUGGGCUGCUGGUUGGGGGUCGUCAGACCUGCCGACAGUGAGCUGCCGCCCCCCUCAUGCUGCUGCUGUGUUGCUGCCGCAGCACCACCCGCACCAAUUGAGCCACCUGAAGGCACCAUAACACAGCACAGGACGGUCAUGACAAUGUGCAGUCCACCAACAGCAGCCGAUGCUUUCCGUACCUCCACUGUGUCCACCACCACCAGCAGCAGCAGCAGAAGGAUGGCUGAUGUCUACGCGUCUACGCUUCUCGGCGCCGAACGGACUCAUGUACUGCGGGGGCAUGCGUCCGAGUCGGAAGAGCCCACAUUGCGUCUUCGUCUCGUGUGUUGUGUCGUUACGUACCAUUGGUGGGGGCAUCGAGGCCACAUCGCCACGAGCUGUCGGAGAGCCAGCCACACCUGAUCCACACACCAGAUCACAUGUGACAUCGACAUCAGCACUGGGUCUGUGUGCGUGGCGGCUCACCAGCAAUGGGCACGGCGUGUGCCGGCUGUGCGGUGGGUAGCUGUUUGGUGAAGUCGCGGCCCUUGUUGCGGUUGUCCUUCAUCCACAGCUCCGUCAUGUCAGAGAGCUGAACCUGCAGCCAGCGGUAGAGAGAGCAGAAAAGGCACCAACAUUGAUUGCACCUACCCAGUGGAUCUUGUGUGGUCGUUGCCUGCCUGUCAUGUGUGGGUAUCUACCUGCAGUGUGUUGCAUCCGUCGUACAUGUUGCGUCCGUUGACUUGUGUGAGGGCCUGCGCGGCGUCGGUGCAGCUCUGGAACUGAAUCCACGCCUGCGCCAUCCCUGGCACCCUCCCAAACAACACUAUCUGCAACAAAUGACACACCACAGACACAUAUGACGCAAGCUGCUUUGUUGUGGUGGUGUCUGUGUCCACUGACCUUGUCGACGAAUCCGUAUCUGGAGAAGAUGCGCUCUAAUGCGUCGAUCUCGACGGCGUACUGCAAGUUGGUGACGGUGACGAGCAGGAUGCGGCAAUCGGCGCUGCGCUCCUGGUUGGUCUCCACAGACUCGGGCGUGCUGUAGCUGCCCUGGAUGGUGCACCCACGGAUCACCACACCGCCCUGACGCACCUGAGCCAGCGCAGCCGACGCAGCCGGCCCGUCCUGCUCACAUGACACAUGACAGACAUCUUGUGUAUGGUGGGUGGGUUCAUGAAGAAUGUUAUUUCCACCCUUCUCCCUCCUCCGUCCACCCUCCUCCCAUAUACCGGGAACUCUACAAGCGCCUGUCCAGCACUCGGGACGUGGAACAUCCUGAGUUCCUGCCCCAUGGUGAAUGGCGAGAAGGCCUCCUUGAUCUCCAACUCGCUGACGUCCCGCGGCAAGUUGCGAAUCAGCAGCACACGACCCGGCGGCGCGUUGAGACCCACACCCUGCCGCUUCUGAGCCGUCAUGCUGUUGUCGUGGGCAGAGGCGGCUGCCCGCCCGAGGUAGCCACGGGGAGCUGGGAGUGUGGCGGUGAGUGUGGGUGUGUGGGCAUGGUGGCAGCAGCAGCGGCCAUGGCCGGGCUGGCCUGCGAUGAGUCGAUGGACAUA